UCCGGCCCCUGUCAGCUGUGCAGCUGCACCGUCUUCAUCUCCUCCUUCUCCUCCUCAUCACCACUACCACACGGAGACAAGUCCACCGCCUCUGAGGUCGGAGUAACACAGAGGACCAGCCCGCUGCCAGUAUCACCAGCACCACCAGUAACAACCACCACCAUGGCGCUCACUAACGACUCCAACUACAAGAAGCUGGAGCAGUGGUACAAAGCUAACGCGGGCAGCCUCAGCAUGAGGGACAUGUUCGAGUCCGACAAGGACAGGUUCAGCACAUUCAGCACGACUCUGGAGACGGACGAUGGAGAAAUCCUGCUGGACUACUCCAAGAAUCUCAUCAACCAGGAAGUGAUGGACAUGCUGAUCGCCAUGGCCAAGUCGAGGGGAGUGGAGGAGGCCAGAGAGAAGAUGUUCUCUGGAGAGAAAAUCAACUUUACUGAGGGUCGUGCUGUGCUUCACAUUGCUCUGCGUAAUCGCGCCAACACGCCGAUCCAGGUCGACGGCAAAGACGUGAUGCCGGAGGUGAACCGAGUGCUGGACAAGAUGAAGGCCUUCUGUCAUAGGGUUCGCAGCGGGGAGUGGAAAGGCUUCAGUGGGAAGAGCAUCACAGACGUUGUGAACAUCGGCAUUGGAGGCUCCGACCUGGGUCCUCUGAUGGUGACGGAGGCUCUGAAGCCGUACUCAGAGGGUGGACCGAAGGUGUGGUUCGUCUCCAACAUUGACGGGACUCACAUGGCCAAGACGCUCGCUCAGCUCAACGCAGAGACCACCCUCUUCAUCAUCGCCUCCAAGACGUUCACCACUCAGGAGACCAUCACCAACGCAGAGUCUGCCAGGGACUGGCUCCUCAAGGCAGCCAAUGAUAAAUCUGCUGUUGCCAAACAUUUCGUAGCUCUGUCCACCAACGCAGCCAAAGUGAAGGAUUUUGGCAUCGACACAGCGAACAUGUUUGAGUUCUGGGAUUGGGUCGGAGGUCGUUACUCUCUGUGGUCAGCCAUCGGUCUGUCCAUCGCUCUGCACAUAGGCUUUGAAAACUUCGAGCAGCUUCUUGCAGGAGCUCACUGGAUGGACAACCACUUCCGCAGCACCCCUCUGGAGAAGAACGUCCCCGUCCUGCUGGCUGUUCUGGGCGUCUGGUACAUCAACUUCUUCCAGGCUGAGACUCACGCCAUGCUGCCCUAUGACCAGUACAUGCACCGCUUUGCUGCAUACUUCCAACAGGGCGACAUGGAGUCUAAUGGGAAAUACAUCACCAAAGAUGGCGUCCGCGUCAACUACCACACUGGACCAAUCGUGUGGGGCGAACCUGGGACCAACGGACAGCACGCCUUCUACCAGCUCAUCCACCAAGGAACUCGUAUGAUUCCCGCUGACUUUCUCAUUCCCGCUCAGUCUCAGCAUCCAAUCAGAGACAACCUCCACCACAAGAUCCUGGUGGCGAACUUCCUGGCUCAGACAGAAGCACUGAUGAAGGGAAAGACUCCAGACGAGGCCCGUAAGGAGCUGGAGGCCGCAGGCAUGAAGGGAGACGCUCUGCAGAAGCUGUUGCCUCACAAAGUGUUUGAGGGAAACAAGCCAAGUAACUCCAUCGUUUUCAAGAAGCUGAGCCCGUUCACACUGGGAGCUCUGGUUGCGAUGUACGAACACAAGAUCUUCGUGCAGGGCGUCAUGUGGGACAUCAACAGCUACGAUCAGUGGGGCGUUGAACUCGGGAAGCAGCUGGCAAAGAAGAUCGAGCCCGAGCUGAAGGACGACUCCGAAGUCACCUCCCACGACUCUUCCACCAACGGCCUCAUCAACUUCCUGAAGAAGAACUUUGUCUGAACUGUCCUCGUCCUCCUCAUCCUCCUCUUCCUCCUCAUCCUCGUCCUCCUCUGCUGGCCCCUUGCACCUUGUAGUCCUCCCUCAUUGGCUAAAACCCUGUGUUGGUGUGAGAACGAGCACUUUGUGUCUGUAGACGUGUUGCUUUCUUGUGGAGGACAGAGAAGUGUGCAGAUGUUACUGUAGGUGACGACACUUUAACAUAGCCUGCACUGACUUUCAAAAUAAAAGUCCUGUUUGUCACUGA